AUGAACCUGAAAGUGGAGACGGAUGAGACUCACCUCGCCACGAUAGAGCGGGCGAAGCAAACAACCGGCCGGAGGCGCGCGGCCGGCGCGGCGCGCGCGGCCGUGCAGCGCGCGGCGCGCGGCGGCGGCAAGCGCCACGGGGCGACGCGGGCGGCGUGCGAGCAGCGCGGCCGCCCGGCUCGCCGGCCUGGCGCGCCCCAGCGAUCGCGGCACGACGCCGAAGAGCGGGCCCGCGGGCACCGUCGCCAGGCAGAAGCCCGCCGCAGCCACGCCCGACCCCGCCGCGCUCACGCGCCCCCUCCAGCAAGCUGCGGCAGCGCCCGCGCGGGCCCACCCACCGCCAACGCUGUUCUGUGGGAUGCUGUGUAAUUUUAAAAGGCAUGAAAAUGUCCUCAAAUAUUCUUUAAAUGGUCCAUUAUGUUUACAUUCAUAGUAAUGUAUCACAAUAAGCUCUGUGCAAUCUUGAUUCAUUAUAAAUGC